CAACAGGGGCAUCCCAGCUGUUUUUGACUUCAUAGGAAAGACCCUUCUAAGCUGAAAUUCCUAUCAUCAAUUCUCGCCAUUUUUGAGCCUACUGUCACUGUAGAAUUCGAAACGACCAAGAAACAAUUUCCAUUUACACGCUUUCUGAACAUGAAAUCCAACGAGAAUUCAAACAUCUUCUUCAUCACAGUUUUACUCCUCUUACUAUCACUAUGUUCCUCGUUUUCCGUUCAAGAAUCGGAGGUGAUAGCGUCUUUGCUCAACAGUUUGGACGCCAAGAAGCCAUCUCCAUCGGAACAAGAAUCUGCUGCCAGAGGUGUUCUCCGGAGACUGCUGCCCACCCAUUUGUCCAGCUUUGGAUUCAAGAUUAUCACAAAGGAUGCCUGUGGUGGAAAUAGCUGCUUUCAGAUUAGCAAUUACAAGAGUUCAAGUAAAGAUUCAGCUGAAAUAAUGAUAAAAGGAACUACAGCAGUCGAUAUCACAUCAGGACUUCACUGGUAUUUAAAGUACUGGUGUGGAGCUCAUGUUUCUUGGGACAAGACUGGUGGUACUCAACUUGGUUCAAUUCCCAAGCCAGGAUCACUUCCCCCUGUGAAAUAUGAAGGUGUCACGGUUCAACGUCCAAUGCCAUGGAACUAUUACCAGAAUGUUGUUACAUCUAGCUAUUCCUAUGUUUGGUGGGAUUGGGAAAGAUGGGAAAAAGAGAUUGAUUGGAUGGCACUUCAAGGAGUUAACCUGCCUCUGGCAUUUACUGGACAGGAGGCCAUUUGGCAAAAAGUUUUUGCAGAAUUUAAUAUCAGUAAGCAGGAUUUGACUAAUUUUUUUGGUGGACCUGCCUUUCUUGCUUGGGCACGUAUGGGCAACUUACACGGGUGGGGUGGGCCAUUGAUGCAGAAUUGGUUAAAUAAACAGUUGAUCUUGCAAAAGCAAAUAUUAUCUCGAAUGAUGGAGCUCGGGAUGACCCCAGUUCUUCCGUCGUUUUCUGGGAACGUUCCAGCUGCACUAAAGACAAUUUUCCCCAAGGCAAACAUAAGCAGACUUGGGGACUGGAACACUGUUGAUGGUGAUCCACGAUGGUGCUGCACUUAUCUUCUAGAUCCUUCUGAUCCUUUGUUCAUCGAAAUUGGUGAAGCAUUCAUGAAACAUCAGAUUAAAGAAUAUGGAGAUGUCACAGACAUCUAUAGCUGUGAUACAUUCAAUGAGAACUCUCCACCUACCAGUGACCCCACAUAUAUUUCAUCUCUUGGUUCUGCAGUUUAUAAGGCAAUGUCUACAGUCGACAAAGAUGCAGUGUGGCUAAUGCAAGGUUGGCUAUUCUAUUCAGACUCAGUUUUUUGGAAACCGCCGCAGAUGAAGGCACUUCUACAUUCUGUUCCAUUUGGGAAGAUGAUAGUGCUUGAUCUAUUUGCUGAUGUCAAACCAAUUUGGAAAUCUUCCUCUCAGUUUUACGACACGCCUUAUAUAUGGUGUAUGCUGCAUAACUUUGGUGGUAAUAUUGAAAUGUAUGGCAUAUUAGAUGCAGUGGCUUCAGGGCCUAUUGAUGCCCGUGUGAGCAAAAAUUCAACAAUGAUUGGUGUUGGCAUGUGUAUGGAAGGAAUAGAACAAAAUCCCGUUGUGUAUGAGCUGAUGGCUGAAAUGGCAUUUCGAAGUGAUCCAUUGCAACUUGAGGAAUGGUUGACAACCUAUUCUCGCAGACGAUAUGGUAAAUCUGUUCAACAAGUUGAGGCUGCAUGGAAAAUUCUUCAUCGCACAAUAUAUAACUGCACUGAUGGAAUUGCGGACCACAACACAGACUACAUAGUUAAAUUUCCUGACUGGGAUCCAUCUGUAAACAACCAGCAUGGUAGAUCUGAAAUCAAUCAGAGACAUAAACUUGCGGGUAUACAACAGCAGAGAAGGUUCUUUCUUCGUGAGACGAGCUCUACCUUGCCUCGUCCUCAUCUAUGGUAUAACAAUCAGGAUGCUGUUAGUGCCUUGAAGCUAUUCCUUGAUGCAGGAGAUGAACUUGCUGGAAUUCCCACAUACAGGUAUGAUUUGGUUGACUUAACAAGACAGUCGCUCUCAAAGCUUGCCAAUGAGGUAUAUUUGAAUGCAAUACAUGCUUUCCGGGAUAAGGACCCAAAAGCUUUAAGUUUUCAUAGUCUGAAAUUUCUACAACUCACCAAAGACAUCGAUACACUUCUUGCUGCGGAUGACAAUUUUCUACUUGGCACUUGGCUUGAAAGUGCAAAAAAACUGUCGGUGAAUGCAGAAGAGACGAACCAGUAUGAGUGGAACGCAAGGACGCAAGUAACUAUGUGGUACGACAACACUAAAUAUGUGCAAAGCAAGCUUCACGACUAUGCAAAUAAGUUCUGGGCCGGACUAUUAGAAGCAUACUACCUUCCACGGGCGGCCAUGUAUUUUAAGCGUUUGCUAAAAAGCUUAGAAGAAAAAGAAGAAUUUAAGUUGGAGGAUUGGAGAGAAGAGUGGAUUGCAUACUCAAACAAGUGGCAAGCAGGAACGGAGCUUUACCCUGUAACGGCCCAGGGCAAUGCCUUUGCUAUCGCAAAGGAGCUAUACCAGAAAUAUUUAACAUAGAACGAUGGGUAUUGCGAUGCCGUCGAUGAAGCAUGUGCCAACAUAUUGCAAAUAAUAGCAUCUUGAAAUUAAACUUCCCUAAAACCUUCAUUUUCUUGUAAUGUUACUAGAUAAAUUGUGUGCAACAUUUUUUUUAUAUAUAUUUAUUUUCCACUUUCACUUA